ACUGUUAAGUAAUAUUUAUUUAUAAUUGGAGUGUUCUUUGUUUUCGAUCUGUGCAUGAACAAGCUUGACUGACAUAAAAAAUUUGUUAGAUAUGUGAAUUAUCCGCCAUUUUUAUGAAAGAGGGUUUAAUUCAUCAAACGGUCGUAGUUUAAAGUAUGUAACACUGUAAAUUUUGUGAGUUCAAAUGUAAAUCUUAAAACGCUAGCGACAUGUCAUGCAAGGAAAGGUUUCAUUUCUGGUCCGAUGUGUUUAGGGAACGGUGCCUGUAUGGCAUUUAUUCAAAUACACUUUGAAAAGAGUCUAGAAAGAUGUACGCAUCGGGAAGCGGUAACUUUUUUACAGAAUUAGGCUCCUUCAGUGAGCUAAAGUACGCAUCGCCGGUCGACGACGAACCAGCUAGGAAAAAGCAAUGUGUUCUAGCGGCUUUUGGUGGCCUCCCCAAAGAACACACCCAGACAUCCGGCACAUUCUUGCAGCCACAUGAAAGCAAAGUCACCUCCAUGCUGGUGACAGCUUCUACCGAGUUGUUGGAGGAAUCAUCCGUCUCGAACGGCACGAAACCAUCGAAUGUAGUGAAGCAAAAAAAGGAAAACGGCUUAGGUGUAGGCCUUUCUGGAGGACCUGUCUCGCCGGGUGAGGAAGUGCUUGGCUCGGUGACAACGUUCUACCCUGCCGGGCACCCGGACAACGGGCACACGCUGCGAACCAGCGCUCGGGUGAAACACAAAAUGCGCAUGGAAACGAUCCACAACAAUCCGCUACCAACGGAGCGCAAGGAACAGCCGAAGGCAAGCGGUGGAGUACUGCCGAAAACUGUCACCCCCCAGAAGCAGAUGCGCGCCGUAUGGAGCAACCAUGACAAGAACUUGUUCUUCGAGGCGCUUAACGAGUACGGGAAAGAUUUCGAGUCCAUACUAAACUACCUGAACACCAAGAAGCGCCGCAAAGACAACGCCUGCGAGCAGCAGGUCUUCAAGACGAAGGAUGUGCGCAAUCUAUACUAUCAGUUCAAUCAGAAAAUCUCCAAGUACCUGCACUUUUCCGACGAAGUGAAAAAGGAGGCGCAAGAGCUAUAUGCACUCAUAAACUAUGGCGAGAUGCGGAAGAAGGUGCCGUUUCAGAACAAGAAGUAUUUUCAGAAGCUAAAAGAUCUCGUGUAUAAGGGCUUCACGAUGGUACGCGAGAAGGGCAAAACAAUUCGCAUCAAAACGCCCUCUUGUCGGGCGCUGCGCAAGCUCAACCAGCUCGAAGAAUGGCAGGAGGAGAUCAAGUUGCCACCGCGCGUAGACGUUCUUCUGCAGCCGGCAAACAUGGAGGCCUGGGGGCGGGUGCAUUCGUUGGCCCAGAAUCCGCGCGUACGGAUUACAGUCACCAUCCAAAAGCGUGUAUCGGCGCUGCUGCAGCUGUUUCAGCAGAAGUGGCGGCCGCAGGAGCUACGGCUAGUCGAGCGUGUCGAAAAAAUGAAAAUAGUCUCCUCAACGGUAACUUCCAAGCUGAUGCGCCAGCGUAUGCAGAACGAGAUUCAAUUGUGUUCGCAGCUGCUGCCAUCGGCGACUUCAUCACCGCCAUCAGUCAGCCGUACCGAGCCAACGGGGCCAGUACUAAACCUGCAGCUCCACUUUGUGCCCUCCCACUCAGCCGUCAUCCACAGACCGAUGAUUAUUUUGGCGGAGUUUCAGAGCAACACGAGCAUCUGUCUCAACUCGUACGAGCAGCGGAUCGGAGUGAAGGUGCCUGGAGAAACACUCGUCCCGUCGGAAAAAGUCGUGGGUGCCGUGUGCAAGAAACCGAAGCUAUGUCUGGAUAGCGGGCACGAUUCGACGAAGGACGAAAAACAUACUGGGAGCGAGCAGCUGUCGAAGCUUAUCAUGAACGACCUGCUGAAGUCGCCAAACGCGUCGAACGAAUCGAUUGAACUGAAGGAGAUGGAACUCUUCGAAAUAGAACUAUUAAAUGGGCAUAGUGCUAGAAGCACGGACGAUUGCGAUGGGCCGCCAGCAACAAACUAUGCAUAUGCCACAAAUAUGCCGAUCCAAUCGGGGGCAUGCGGUUCCGAUCCUGCUGCUGCCAGGAUGAGUGACAAUUCCAACGACGAGUUUGUGCUAGCCGAGAGCGACCCAUUGAAGUACAACAUAGAAAUGCUGGCGGAGCACACGAUCGUCGGUGACGAGGAACCCUGCAAAGAGGACGCUGACGUGCUGACCGUCUCUAGCAGCACCGUUACGACUUGUGUUACAACUGUAAUCUCUACAUCGAGCACAUCCGCGGUGCGGAAAAAGUGCCCCCGGCGAAAGGGUUCCGACGCAGCGAAGCCACCACCGACCGGCGUUUUCAACCACAUCCGGCCACUCGUGUCGGAGCAGGAAAUGCAGAGGAUCCGGGAAGGCUGGACCUUAUACAAUGCGAACGAUCUCACUAUCGGGGACCUGUACAUAAUGUUUGGCGAAGACAUGAAGUUGCACCUUGAGUACGAUUGGGUGUGGGAGGAAGCGCCCCUACCUCGAAUCGUUCCACCGGUAGACGUGAAAGCGACUAGCGACGAGCAAUCAAACGCGAUGGGGGUGGCAGCGGUCCCGAAAGAUGAGGCGCAAUCAACAAACUCAAUCGAUUCUUCUUCCACCUCCUCCAAUAACAAUAACAAUAACAACAACAACAACAACAACGACAACAACAUUAACAACAACAAUAAUAAUAAUAACAACAACAACAACGCUACCUCGACUGCGGACGAUGUAAUGGGGUCCAUCGGCUGCUCCGCGGUGAAAGAGGAACCAAUAGGGAUGAGUAACAAUAAGGAUGGAUCGAACGUGAUCAGCAAGCGCCUCAAGCAGCUAGUCAUGCUGAUGAACAUGGGCGCCAAGAAUGGAAAGAAACGGUGCAUUUGUGGAAAUGCUACCGAACGCAAACCAAAGCAUCGUGCGGAUUGCGAUAAUACCUUGUCGACGUGCCAGGACGAUAGUCUACUUUUCAAGCAACCAAUGCUUCCUGCACGUAAUGGUGUCAAUUAUCUGACACCGGAGCCGAUGCACAUGCCUCCACAAGCACGAUACAAACAGUCACGCUGGUUACGUACGCGAAUUAACCGGCAUCAAGGGCUGUUUUCGCCACUUCCGGUUCCUCGCACACCUCAUCCAUCGGCAGCUAUAUUUCCGGCCGGGGCGCUCGAUGUAAACAGCAUGCAUGGUCGUGAAGGCGCUUCUCGUGUUCCGUUCCCGCACUCAAGCACCGGUCCGGGUAAGUUCGGAAAGCGCAAUGGUAGCAGCUUCUCGUUACCAAUCAACACCUUGUCGGAUGAAGGUGAACCGGAGCACCCCGGUGCUAACCGAACGAUACAGAUGCCGUACGAUGAGGAAAAUGCAAACGACAUUGGCGCUGGCCAGACGAAAUUUACACCGAUCAGCGAAGGUGGCGUCGAUCAGGCCAACCAAAUGAAUCCAACGUCUUCCAAUGCGCUUUCGGGGGGUGGCGCUCGGCAACCAUCGGGUGAGAAUGCGGAUACUGAGACGAUAGCGGCCUUCGCGGAAUCCGAAGCGUCCAGCACUACGAUCACUGCAGCACCGCCACUGCCGCAGAACGAUGACAGUUGCCUUAGCCUGUUCGAUCUAUCGCUUCCCUCGACGUCGUCCUCGCUGAUGGCAAACAUAUUCUCAGGCACCGAAGCGGAGACGGACGUCGGUACCACCAUGAUGCCGAAUUCUCCGGUCGACACCAAGAUAUUGGGAAACGAACUUAACGAUAUUUCCUUGACCAGCUUCUUCGGACAGCUUGACGCCGUGUACCAGAACGCAGCCGAACCGGCACAGCCUUGCCAUAACUUUGACAUGGAUAUAACCACUAUGAGUGAAAACAGCGUAGACUACAUUGCACGCUUCGAGAACAUCGCAUCAGAUCUGCGUGCGAAGGGUAAUUCUUAACGCAAAACAUCUAAUUUCUUAAGUCAACAAAGUGUGCGCUAUUCGAAGAAUCGUGGGUUGUCGAAGUAUUGAUUAUAACAUAUGUUCAUCUGAUUUUAA